UAGCCUCUUGAAUCGAGCACAGAGCAGCGAGGCGGAUGAAUCGAGCGCGGAGCGGCUGGUCCGCAGCCGGGACUGGGAGGAGGCGAUUUAAAGGGCUGAGAGGGAGCGAGCGCGGCGGCGGCAGCAGCAGCAGCAGGUGAUGGUGAGAUGGGAUGACCCCAAACUUAGCUGGAACUAGAAGUCUCUGUGAUACUGGUGCUAUCCCUGCUCUCUGCCUGCAGAAGCCAUGAACUUGUAACUGGGGAAGCUUCCCCUCAACCAGCGUGUUACCACCAGAUCUGCAGUACAGGAGCCAGCUGCCCUGUCACCUCAGCAUCCUCCAAAGAGACCCCAUCCCCUGGUAUUCCAGUGCAGUGCAUGUGCCAGAGUAUGCAGACUAUCUUGUGUUCCAGCAUCAGGGCGGGAGAGCCAGGGCUGCAAGAGCCAGGAGGGGGAAAGUGGCUGGUCUGAAAGGGAGGAGUGGGACAGGAAGCCCCAGACUGCGCGCUGGGCUGGGAGCUGCUCUGGGAUGACGCGAGGCGAAAGCCAGGCUCUAGGAUGCUGGGGCCAGCUAGGCUAGACCUGCCCACGUGAUCCUCACUGCUUCCAGCCCUCGCCCUGCCUGCCCAUCAUGCUGCGCUCCUGGCGUGGAAAGCUGAAGCUGCUGCUCGCCAUUGCAGUGCUGGUGAUCCUUCUCUCGUGGCUCUGUAUCUUUGUGGGCAGUUCAGAAUAUGGCCGUUCCCUCCUAUUGUCUCCUUGCUUUGGGGACCGGCCGAGCCAGGACCUGGAGCGAGAGGCCUUGGCAUCUCAGGUGCGCAAGGUGGAAGAGGAGAACCUGCAACUGCGCCUGCGGCUUAGCCAGGCUCAGGGGCAAGCUGGGGCUGUGGACGGGAGCGAUGGCAGCCAGCAGUGGGCAGCCUCCUUUGAGGAUGGGGACACCCCAGGGGAUGACAGGAGCAACCGCACAGGCUGCCCCAAGCAGCAGACGGUGCAGAAGUGUGAGCUCCUGCACGUAGCGAUUGUGUGCGCUGGUCACAAUGCGAGCCGAGACGUGGUCACCCUGGUGAAAUCCAUCCUCUUCCACAGGAAGAACCCUCUCCAUUUCCACCUCAUCACGGACUCCGUGGCUCAGCAGAUCCUGCAGACUCUCUUCCAGUCCUGGAUGGUGCCCUCUAUCCACGUUAGCUUCUACAACGCAGAUGAUUUGAAGGCAGGAGCCCCAGAUCCCUUCCUCCCUCAACUGUUCCUCUCCCCCCUUUCUCAGCUUCUCUUUCCAGACUCAGUAUUCCAGGGAAGUGAGCAGCCCCUCAGGGAGGCAGAGGUGUCGUGGAUUCCCAACAAGCAUUACUCUGGGAUUUAUGGGCUGAUGAAGCUGACGCUCACUAAGGCGCUGCCCUCCAACCUCUCCAAGGUCAUUGUCCUGGACACAGACAUCACCUUUGCCACUGACAUUGCUGAGCUGUGGGCCGUCUUCGGGAAGUUCUCUGACAAGCAAGUGAUUGGGCUGGUGGAGAACCAGAGUGACUGGUACCUGGGAAACCUCUGGAAGAACCACAGGCCAUGGCCAGCGCUGGGACGUGGCUUCAACACAGGAGUGAUCCUGCUGCUGCUGGAGCGUCUGCGCCAGAUUGGCUGGGAGCAGAUGUGGCGGCUGACGGCGGAGCGGGAGCUCAUGAGCAUGUUAUCCACCUCGCUGGCAGAUCAGGACAUCUUUAAUGCAGUGAUUAAGCAGAGCCCAGUGCUGGUGUACAAGCUUCCCUGCUUCUGGAACGUGCAGCUGUCCGACCAUACCCUCUCAGAGCAGUGUUACUCAGAGGUCUCUGAUCUUAAGGUGAUCCACUGGAACUCGCCCAAGAAGCUGCGGGUGAAGAACAAGCAUGUGGAGUUCUUCCGGAACCUCUACCUGACCUUCCUGGAGUAUGAUGGGAACCUGCUGCGCAGGGAGCUCUUUGGUUGUGCCAACCUGCCCAGCCCACCCAGAAACCAACUGCAGGAGGCCCUGGAGGAUCUCGAUGAGGAUGACCCCUGCUAUGAUUUCCGCCGGCAGCACCUUAUGCUGCACCGCAUCCACCUGUUCUUCCUGCAGUAUGAGGUCCUGGCCUCGCCUGACCCUGCUGAUGUCACCCUGGUGGCCCAGCUCUCCAUGGACAGGUUACAGAUGCUGGAGGCAAUCUGCAAACACUGGGCAGGCCCCAUCAGCCUGGCGCUGUACAUGUCAGACGCAGAGGCCCAGCAGUUCCUGCGCUAUGCCCAGGGCUCGGAGGUGUUGAGCAGCCGCAGGAAUGUUGCCUACCACAUUGUGUACAAGGAAGGGCAGUUUUACCCUGUCAACCUGCUGCGCAAUGUUGCGCUGACCAAUGCAGAAACACCCUAUGUCUUCCUGACGGACAUUGACUUCCUGCCCAUGUAUGGUCUCUAUGAUUACCUCAGGAACUCCAUCCGGCAGCUGGAGCUGCCCCAGCGGAAGGCAGCACUCAUUGUGCCAGCAUUUGAGACUCUGCGCUACCGUCUUGCCUUCCCCAAGUCCAAAGCGGAGCUGCUCUCCAUGCUGGACAUGGGCUCCCUCUACACCUUCAGGUACCAUGUGUGGCCAAAGGGCCAUGCCCCAACUGACUAUGCCAAGUGGCGGACAGCCACGGUGCCAUACCGUGUGGAGUGGCAGCCGGACUUUGAGCCUUACGUUGUAGUGAGGCGUGACUGCCCCCAGUAUGACCAGAGAUUCGUGGGCUUUGGUUGGAACAAGGUGUCCCAUAUCAUGGAGCUUGAUGCCCAGGAGUACGAGCUGCUGGUCCUCCCCAAUGCCUUCAUGAUCCACAUGCCUCACGCUCCCAGCUUUGACAUCUCCAAGUUCCGCUUGAGCGCUGGCUACCGGGACUGCCUGCAGACGCUGCGGGAGGAGUUCCACCAGGACCUGUCGCGUAGGUAUGGCGCCGCCGCACUCAAAUACCUCACUGCCGAGAGGAGCCUGUGAUGCCGAGGGACAGCGUGGUGGUGGGCUGGAGGGGGAAGGGCACAGACCACUUCCUUCCUACGCGGCUCACUGCCUGAAACGGAUCAAACCUGCAGCACAGUUUCCUCAUCACAGGAACAGUAGAUCCCACUAGGGAUAGAAAGAAUCAAGAGAAAGGAGCAGUUUAAGAACCAAGAGCCCCUAAGUGGCUGAGGGAGCAGAGCCUCAGGGCUGAGGGUUUCCUCACAGCAGCUGAAAGCCUCACCCAGAGACAGGACAACAUUGCUAAUCUCCCAGCAAGGGGGUUACCUGGAGCCUAUUUCUUACUUCAAGGGCCAGGGUGGGAUUGGUCCCUAUUGUUCAGUUUCCAGAGCUUUGGCCACUGUGAAUGACCCCACUGAUGGGGCUCCCAUGCAGUCCCCUGGGGCACUUGCCAGAAAGCUUUACCUGACGUUCUGCAAGAUGCUCCCUUGCUUGGUUUCAUUAGCUCCUCCCCUGUGCACCCUCUGGGCUUUGCCUCCUUCCAGGCCCUGCAGUUACUGCUGUCGGGUGUAGCUUAGCCCUGCAAGACAGGCUGAACUUAGUUCUUAAUUUCUUCUGAUGAACCCCCCUGUUUGUGAUUGUCUGAACUCUUUCCCUGUGCCUAGAGGGGACUGAAGCACCCCCAUGUUUCCCCAAGGGGACCGUGGCCUACAGAAUUGGUCUCUUAGGGCUUGCCUACACUGCUGUGAAACACGCUCAGCUGGAGCGGGGUGCAGGGCUAUAAAACUGCAGUGUAGACGUUGGGGGUCAGGCUGGAGCUGAGGCUCUGUGACCCUUCCUGCUUGUUUUGCAGGUGGCUGUAUGUGCACAAGUGUGCCCAUCUUUUGCUGGCUGAGGGUCUGUACACAACACCUGACAGCUAAGAUCCCUGCAUAGGCACUGCCUCUGGCCAGCCUAUACCAUUAACCUUCAUGGCCAUCUUCCCCCAGAGGAGGGGAAGUCCUGUCCCUCUUCCCCAUGCUGUCUGGACGGGAUUUCAGGCUGCUGCCACUUGGUGUCACAUCCCCGGAUUCUCCUGCACGUGGCUAGUGAGGGUUGGUGCUGCAGGUCUGAGGCCCUGGUCAGCUGCUGGGGUUAACAGCAGGUUUCGUUCUGGUCUGUGCUUUGGAGCUGAGCGAGUAUUGGAUGUAUUGCCAAAUUGUGGUGCCUGUUGUGAUAAAACCAUCCUGUCCCUGCCACUCUGGGAGUAGGUAAAAUUGUCCCCUGGUAGCCACUACCUGCUCGGAGAAACCUCUCAGGGGGUCACUUCCAAGUCUCAGAAGGAAAGAGCCUGAAUCUCAGUAAUACUGACACUGACAAUCAGGGACACAGUUGACAUUGUAGCUGGAAGCCAUGGUCAGAGCCUGUGCUGGGAGCAGCUUCGGCCAGGUGCUUUUCCACAGUCGUCACACACUGGAGCACAGAGGCACAUUUGCUUUCCUCACUCUCUAUUUAAGUUAUUUAAGAUGAUUUCCUCACAGGGUGUAAAUGAUUAGGAGGGCCUGGGGUUUUUAGCUUUUCUCUUCCUUGCUGAUGGUUCUGAAGUAUCUUCAGGCCCGUCAUUGCUCGAUUCUGCUCUUCACUUCCUGGCAUUAAUCUGAACCACAAGAGCCGCCACCGUGCUGGGAACGAAACAUUCCGGCCAGGCCCAGGGGCCGUUGUCCUGCACUCUUUGUAUGGAAAAGGCACAAGUGUCUCUGGUAAUUUUUAAUUAAAGCUUUUUUUAAAAUUCUUUUUCAAACCCUGGGAAGCCAUGUGGUUAUUUUGUCACAUUCUGUCUGAUCCUGGGGUUAGGCAGGGCUUAUAGGCAGGUAGGAAAUGAGGGCAAGGUCACUUCCCCAGGAGAGAGGGUUGUGUGAGGAGCUGAUACUGCGUCACAAGCUUGUGGAGGGAUGGCAAGUACAGUGUGGGGAUUUAAAGGGUUGGGGGCAGCAGUGACAACAAGCUGUAGAAAUGUCAGCUCCACCGAGCAAGACAGAACUCAUCCCCUACCCAGCCCUGGACCCUUUGGCAUUUACUAACACGAGGGAGAUCAGUUCAUGGUCUACCAAAGUGUUGUGGUGGUGGGUGGCUGCUGUUAUGCUUUGGC